CGCUUGUAUCAGGAGUCCGGUGACACACCUGUGGAAGAGAUCAUGUGGUCCUCUGCAUUUCCCAUCAUGCUCUUCUAUCACAUAAUCUCUCUGACAGGAGGCAGCAACACACCUGCUACAGGUGAGCGUUGUCCUACCCUGCAGGCUGAAGACUGGGAUCUACCCCGACUGGCCAGGACUAAUGUCACAGGUUUUAAUCUGGUGCAGCGCUUCUCUCUGUGGGACACCCCCGCGGUAGAGAAGAUCUGGACCCCGAAAGGCUCUGUGGUCCUUAGGCUUGGCAAGGUGUCUGUCUCCACGGAAACCAGACAGGUGUUCCCUGGCGGUGUACCUGAGGAGUUCACUCUGGUGUUCACCCUGCGCGUGAGGAGGAGGUGUGUGCAGGACCAGGUGUCCCUGCUGCUGCUGACAGAUCGGCACGGCAACGCCCAGUUUUCUUUGGAACUAAAAGGGGCGGGACAGACUCUAUCCCUGCUCUGGGCUCAGAGGGGCGGAGCCGGGCUCAUGGGAGAUCUGAUUGGCUGUGUGUUCAGCGGGGGAGGCGCCCGGUCUCUGUUUGACUCCCAUUGGCACAAGAUAGUGCUGAGCGUGAGCGAGGGCGUGGCCUCUCUGUUUGUGGACUGCGUCUCCAUAGAGACCACACCUUUGCCCCCCCGGGCUCCCCUGAGCUCAGAGGGACACGCCCACCUGGGGGUACACUCCAGCGACAGGACCCCCGCACAGCUGGAUGUCCAGCGGGUGAUGCUGUACUGUGACCCCUCCCUCGGUGAACUGGAGGUGUGCUGUGAGAUACCGGGAUCCUGGUGCCCCCCCAAGAGCCGGCGAGACACGGACAGCAUCUUCAACCUCCAUCAGUUUGAAAGAGGAGCUUUGGGAGAUACAAGACUUUCUGUCAUUAAAGGAGAGAAGGGAGAUUGGGGUUUGGCCUGUCCUGGAUGGAGGUUAUCAGCCUCAUGCUCGGACGGACCCAGGGGUCUGAGUGGCCAGAAAGGAGAGCCGGGGGAGGAGCCAGGAGAGGGAGAGCAGAGACACUGGGGCAAGUGGGCCCUGAAAGUUAAGGGGUCUAAAGGUGACAAAGGAAACAGAGGCCUUCCAGGUGUGACAGGGGUCACAGGAAAAGACGGUGCCCCAGGUUCAUUCUGUGUUGUUGGUAAUAAAGGCCAGAAGGGGGCCACAGGUGCGGUUGGGCGAGAUGGGAAGCCGGGUACACCGGGACGUCCUGGAAAACCUGGGAUUGGGAUACCAGGCCCCCUCGGGAAGCCUGGGGGCCCGCCCGGAACAAAGGGCACCAAGGGGGAUUCUGGGAAUUCUAGCACAGAUGGCCAGCCUGGAGAGCCUGGGACCCGGGGCCCACCAGGGUUUCAGGGGCAGAAGGGAGACCAAUGUGAGCCGUGCCCAGUGCUGGUGAACGCUGUGGACCUCCAGGUGAUUGCGGGCCCCCGGGGGGAGGUGGGGGCCCCAGGACUGGCCGAGCGGGGCCUGCAGGGGUCUCGGGGAGUGAACGGGACCCUAGGCCCUAAGGGAGCCCGAGGGUCAGAUGGAGCCAAAGGAGAAAAGGGUGAGGCCUGGGACCUCAUAGAUCCUCCUGAGGGGGUGACACCUGCCCCUCAACAGAGCAACAUGAAGGGGCAGAAAGGAGAGAUGGGUGAUCCAGGUGUUUCAGGGGCUAAAGGAGAUAAGGGAGGGCCUGGGCCUGCAAGCCUACGUGGGGUCAAAGGUCAGAAGGGUGCUGCUGGUGCCAAGGGGCUGGCCGGCAGAGUGGGACCGAGGGGACCGCGUGGUGAGAAUGGAACCGAGGGGCCCCAGGGUGCCCCUGGUCCGCAAGGCCGGCAGGGGAAAGCAGCGACCCAGGGGCCGAAGGGUGACCCCUGUGUGCCAUGUCCCCCAAUUGAGUCUGAAGUGAAGUCUCCUCCGAUCGACAUCAAGGUAACAGGACCUAAAGGAGACAAAGGUGAAUCUGGCCUUCCAGGAGCUCAUGGGCCUCCUGCCCCCCCAGGUGCCCCGGGUUUGGACGGGGGGCCAGGGAGCGAAGGACAGCCCGGUCAGAAGGGCCAGAAGGGAGACUCCUGUGCAGUCUGUCUCUCUCACGUUGUGGGACCCCCCGGGGCAGUGGGGUCUCAGGGGAUGAAGGGAGAGCAGGGUGACCCAGGUCCCCCCUCUCUGGGUCCUGCUGGGACACACGGUGAGCCUGGUUCUCCUGGCAGUGUUGGCUCUCCAGGUGUGAAGGGCAGCCAGGGCCCAGAUGGAACUGCAGGUGUGGAGAUCACCGGCCCGCAGGGAGAAGUUGGACCCACAGGCCUUCCCGGUGACAUGGGUCUCUCUGGGAAAAACGGGCGCCCUGGUGAUCCUGGAGCCAAAGGCGAGACGGGUGAAAAGGGGGAGAUUGGACUUCAGGGGCCUGAGGGGAUCAGAAACACAGGACCAGCAGGGCCCCAUGGUGCAGAUGGCUCUCCUGGCUUUCCUGGUGUCUCAGGAAGGACUGGCCCAUUGGGAAAAGCCGGGAGCAAAGGUGACAAGGGUGGUCAAGGAGAGUGCAACUGUCUGCACAUCAUGAAGGGUCCCCCGGGACCGCCUGGCCCCCCCGGCCCCCCAGGACCGAUGGGCUCUGUAGGAACCCCGGGCUUCGCUGGCAGUGAUGGAACCCCAGGACAGCCAGGUCCUGGUCUACCUGUCACUCCGACUCCUCUCUCGCUGCUGCAAACUAACCUCAGGGUGAUUUGUGGGGACUGCACCCCUGGGGGCCCUGGUGUGCCAGGAUCGAGGGGUUUAAAAGGAGAGAAGGGCGAGGCUGCAGAUGAGGUGCUCCCUGAGGACUGUGAGAAUUGCCCAAGUGAUCCGGAAGAGGAUGAGGAAAAGUCGCAGGUUGGGGGUUCAGGGUGCCACGGGGUUCCAGGGAUUCCUGGGGUGCCAGGACCUCCCGGUCAGAAGGGGGAGAAGGGUCCGAUGGGACACAGUGGUCCCCCAGGACAUCCGGGUCCUUCAGGGGGCCGAGGUAUCCCUGGGAAAACUGGGCAGAAAGGAGAGAAAGGGAUGUGGGGAGAGGUGGGGAGGAAAGGAGUACAGGGAUCUCCAGGGAAGCAGGGAUAUCCAGGAGCACUGGGGGCCCCUGGAGCUUACGGACGGAAGGGUGAAAUUGGAGAAACAGGUGAUGUGGGAAAGAGAGGAGAAUCCGGAGCAGCAGGACAUCCAGGGCAUCCAGGAUUCCCUGGCUCAAUGGGGCCGAAAGGUUCUAUAGGUGUGACAGGAGCAUCUGGAGAGAAGGGGGAGCAGGGAUCCCAUGGACCACUGGGGCUCCCAGGACUCGAAGGAACUAUUGGAUUCACUGGCAGAGCAGGACCCCCAGGCCCCCCUGGUCCACAAGCCGAAAAGGGCAUGAUGGGAGAAGUGGGCCCUCAGGGGCCGUCAGGACCCAUCGGCCGGCCCGGGACCCCAGGAUCACCGGGGCUUCCAGGGAUUACUGGCUCUGAUGGAAAGGAGGGGACACCUGGAAUCAAGGGAGAUGCAGGUGUUGUUGGCCCAGUUGGACCCAAUGGACUCCCAGGCAUUUUGGGAACUCCAGGAUCUCCAGGAACUCCAGGACAAAAGGGAUGUGUUGGACCUCCUGGUCUGUAUGGAAUAACAGGGCUCUCAGGAAUGGAGGGUGACCUUGGGAUGCCCGGCCCAGAGGGACCCCAGGGACCACCAGGGGGCGCUGGAUCCCAAGGCCCCUCUGGUCCACCUGGCCCCCCUGGACCUCAAGGCCCGGAAGCUCAGGGUUUGGACGGGGACAGAGGGGCAGCAGGAGGGAGAGGAGUAUCGGGGGUGGCAGGAGCCCCUGGACCUACAGGACGCCCCGGACACACGGGGGAACCAGGCCGAGAUGGCACUCCAGGCAAAGAUGGGUCUCCAGGAAACCCAGGAAUGAGGGGACCCCCUGGUCUGAAGGGCGAGACAGGGGCAGUGGGGCAGAGGGGAUCUCCAGGGGAGCCAGGUGACCCCGGCCAGCCCAGCGGGGCAUACCCCUCCUGGAAAGCCCCAGGUCCGGGGCUGGGGGGGCUGAUGGGGCCCCACGGGGAGCCCGGAGAGGAGGGGAACCCAGGGCAGCCCGGGCCCCCGGGACCCCCCGGAACACCAGGGUUACCUGGGAGACAGGCUGCAGUGAACUUUGAUGAAAUUGAUCAUUUCAUCCAGCAGCAGGUCAUGAAGGUGUUUGAUGAGCGGAUGGUCUCCUUCCUGUCCCACAGACGGGCCCCGCUGGGUGUGCCCCCCCUCUCCGGGCCCCCGGGGGCCUCCGGGCAGGAUGGCGUGUCGGGGGAGCAGGGCUGCGCUGGAGUGCCGGGCUUACCUGGGCGACCAGGCGAGCACGGGACCAGGGGCCCGCCAGGUGUGCGGGGGGUGAAAGGCCAGAAGGGGCAGGUGGGGAUGCAGAGGUGGGCGCAGGGGCAGAUCUGGAGCUCCGGGUGUUCCCGGGCCCCCAGGCUAUGGGGCAGUGGGUACCCCAGGCCUGGUGGGGCAGCAGGGGAGCCAGGCCCCCUGGGCCUCCAGGGCCCCCCGGCCAGGCAGGGGAACGGGGCCAGUGCCCACAUGUUCAAGGCAGCAGAGAACCUGUUUGGGCCGGACUAA